CAAUAGGCAGAAUCGUUGCUAACCAAAAACCAGAUUCUCUGGGUGAAACAAAGGCGUCACCACGCGGCAAACACCAAGCUGACAGUUUCUGACGCAUCGAUCACCAUUUCUCCAGACACCCGUUCAAAAUUAAAGUAAACCAACCCCAUAUCGCUUCAAAAUGUACAAAAUAUUCGGUCUGAGGUUAACCAAAUCGUACGCGUGCGUCGCGAACAUCAACGCGAGGUGCAAUUCCGUUAGUCCGACUCGUAACACUGCCGCUUUGACGCGGUCCGCCAAAGACGCCGAGAACUGCUCAAAGGCGGUGAAAAAAUCGUUCCCCAAGGCGAAACCCAAGUUUUUCGCGUUGCCCCAUCCCUUGUCCGCCAUGUUGCAAUGCUACUCGACGAAUCGGAAAAUUAUGAGCGGCAUGGCGUUCGAGUUGUACAAAUCGGCGACGGAACAGAUCGGCAACAUCCAGAGACGAAGGAGCACGUCGCAAUGGAAAACGGUUUUCGGGGCCAAAAGGGGCGGGAUCACGUACCCCACCCAUAACGCUAAGCACAACAUGGCGGUCGUCAAGCGGUAUAAGAUCAAAGAAGGUCCGUCGAAGAAACGCGAUUCGAAUCCCAAACUUUCCACUGGCAAAGUUCCGAAAGAGGCGAAAGGGACGGUCAGAGAGCAUCCGAUUGUGGGAGAUGCGUCGCAAGAAACGAAAAUGAAACUCAAACCGAAAUUUAUCGCUCUACUGAUGAAGAACGCGCGCAAAAUGCAACCCCAACCGAAACGUAACAAGAAGAAGCAGAAACAAGAACCAUUGCCGAUCCAGGCCCAUCCCGUGCCUCUUGUCAAUUACGAGAACUUGGGAAACGAGGCCCAACGAUUCUCGAACUUUGUCAAACAAAUGAAAAGUGAAGGGGUGAAGGGAAAAGAAGACGAGGAACGACAAACCCUAGAGAAAUUACGCAAGAUACAGGGCGACAAGCUGACGCUGGUCAAUCACAUGAAGAGCAUAUCUCGAAUGCGGGAAACUGUCCAGGAUCCGAAAGAAGACAUCGAUAUCGUAGUCGUGGUCGACUCCGAUAAACCGACGGCGACCGAAAACAAAGACGAAACCCUCGAGGAAGUCAGCGAAUGCGAAGAAUUAAACAGGUUAGCGGCGCAGAAACAAGAAACGGCGGCAAAAACGAAACUGAGACAGCGACAGAUGUCGGAGAGGCGGGCGCUGAGAGAGAAAGUCUAUUCAUCUCCCGCUCUGAAGAGCUCGGUUAAGGAUUUGACCAAGAGACCCAUUAGCGUGUUGAAGCAGAAACUGGCGAAAGACGACGCUGUCAAGAAGCAAAUCGAGCAGAUCUACGCUUGCGACGCCCACUCCUACACGAAAGACAAGAGGAUGAUGUUGGCGGCGAAACGGGUCUUUUCUUCCGACCAAAAAGAAGAUUUCUACGUCAAAAAGCAAAAAGAGUGGGAGGAAAUCCUAAAUACCGGAGAGGUGACAAAGAACAAUCCCGGCAAAGCGCCCUUUCAAGCCCCCGAUGGAAAUCGAAUAACGAACCAUCCGGAUCAGCUGUUGACCGUAAAAUCGAUCGAGCAACCAAAGGAAGAAAGAGACGCUGCCCUGCAGCUAAAGGAAGCCGUGUUGGAAGCUGGCGACGAAAUAGUACUGUUGGAGGAAGAUAUCGCGGCGAAAAAGGACGGCGUUUUGCAAGAGAUUCAAGAAUCGGCAGCGGAAUUCGCCGACGAGGUCCUGGAAAAGGUGGAAACCGCCGAGCUCAAAGAGUCCGUCGUUACGGAAGAUCGAGAUAGAAUUUUGGUGGAGCAGAGGCACGAGAUCGCGCCCCAACUGGCCGAAAAGAUCAUAGAACUGAAAGAAGACUUUUCGAGGAAGAACACGGUGGCCGUGGCGAAGAUCGACAAGAUCGAUUUGAUGCUGAACAAGAUUAAGAAGCUGCUGGAAGAUAAGGAAGCGUAUUUCGAGAACAAGCCGAGGCUGCCGCCGAUCCCGAAGCAAUCGCCGCCCGACCAAAAGAAAGACAAGGCUAAAAAAGAGAAACCGAAGGGACCAAGGGAUAUGGUGUUGCCACCCAAAGCGAGGACUAGCGUCGAGAAAAACCCGGCCGAGUCGAACCUGGCCACCGAAGGCGACAACGUAAUCAACUUGCAAAGGCUUGAAAUCAAAAUCGAAUUGGACAACGACCCGCGAGAUCAUCGAUCGAAAUUCAAAAAUGUCGCCAGAAUCUUUCAAGGCAUGAUCAACACGGCUCAGGUCAGUAGAAAUCCGCCCCCCUUCCAGACGAAGGCCGAAUGCUCGCAUGAAUCAUCGAAAUCUGAAGGCAACUCGUUAGACAACGAGUUAAAGAAACUGAAGGAGUGUCUCGAUAGGAGAACGGAAGGCGAACAGGCACAUAAAAAUGUGUUAAUCAAAGAUGAAACUUGCGAAACCAAACAAGCACUAAAGGAAGAAUGUCGUGAAGAAAAAAGAGAUCCGUCCAAAACUCUAAACUCCAAGCAGGCACUACUUAGGGAAGAAAAAGAAGGUCAAUCCAAAACGUCAAAAUCACUGAAAAAAGACUUCGGUGAAGCGAAUGGCCUCUGCAGAUCACCUCAACCCGCUAAAAUUGACGUUGGAGAAGCUAGAAAACAACCUGCGUUUCAUGAAUCUAAAAUAAGUCAACCAAAGUUGGAGGAAUGUCUGGGUAAAAGAAAAGAAAACGAGGAAGGACCUACAGAUAAAAAUACAAUGGCUACAGAUGACCCUUGCGCAAGUCUCCAGUCCAAAAAAGAGCAAGAAAAUCUCUCCAAAAUGCUAAAAUCACUAAAAAAAGACUUCGGUGAAGCGAAUGGCCUUUGCAGAACACCACAAUCCACAAAAAGUGACGUUGGAGAAGCUAAAAAACAACUGGUACAAGUUGAGGAAGAACAUUGUGGAGCCAAAGACGAUCUACGUAAAAAAGACGAUAAUGAAACGAAUCACCUCUGCAAAACAUCAAACCCAACAAAAAUUCAUGAGAAACAACCCCUACAUAAUCAAUCAAAAAUAUUAAACGAGUGUGUUGAUAAAAGAACAAAGAGGGCAGAAACCACAAAAGAAUUGGUGCCUCCGCCUUGUAACGAAUCAAACGUUCCUCCAAAAGAUGGAAAGUGCGAUUCAACUUCAGCGUCGUCGAUGACGGUCCACGAUAUAUGCAACAAAUCCAAAAAACCCAGACCAGCUAAAUGGGAGAAAGACCCCCGCAGGAACAGAGAGGGCAGGGAAUACGAACCCAGAGAUUCCUGCAACGAUGGUAAAAAGCGGGAACCUUGUAAAAAAGGUGAUGCGUUCGAGGUGACAACUACGGAUCAAAUUUCUAAGGACGAUUAUUGCCAGAGUUCACGUUCGAUCAGAAACGACCAGAUGAAGAAACAGACGCUAGAACUGUCUCAACAGAUGAAGAAGCAGACAGAAGAAGCUAAUUCAAGUAAACCACAAGUGAGGAUGGUGGAUGGUUCGUGCGGAAGGCCACAACCGAGUGAAACGAAAAAACAGCCAGUUCAAUCGAAUGGUGAAAACGACCAUUGCAAGGACGGUGUUAAAAAAAUCGAAAAUCUUGGCGGUUUAAAGAGUGGAGUCGAAGGAAAUGCUAGUCAGGGCGGCGAUUGCAGGAAACAAAACGGUAACGAAAAAGUAGCGGCAAAGAAACGAGACGAUUCGCCGGAUAUGAAAAAAUUGAAGGAGUGUCUAACGAGAAGGAAAGAGAAACCGACGGAAGGUGAACAACCUUUUGUCAAGACUUCCGCCCCAGCUACCCAACAACUGAAGAGUCCGAAAUUGAAUUUGACUUUGGAGUUUUCCAAAGUGGAGUGUGACGGAACUUCUCCGAGAGUUGAGGGUUCCUCACACAAGGGCGGCUCCAAAUCGUCACCAAAUGCGAGGCAAAUGACCAAUGUUGAAAAUAACGCGAAGAGGCCGGUCACAGCUAGAAUAAGGCCGCAUACUGUGAACAUGGCUAAUAGGCAAGGUGCGAUUCCCAAAAGCGUGGCCAGAGUGAAAGAAGUCAUAAGCAAACCCAACAAAGAGGCAGCGAAAUCAAUAUCUGCAACGAAUUUGAUUCAAUCCGGUGGAAAGCCUUUCAUGAAAGCGAAAAUUAUAUCCAUAUACAGCAAAAAUGGGAGGAGCUUGCGAAAGUUCGGCCACACGGACGACGUGGAAGAAACUAUCAAAUCGAAGGGUACAAUGAGCCCCAAUAAACGCCCAACCGUCGCCGAUACCAUUGCCCAAUACAUCGGACAUCAAGAGAGUGGGCCAGCAGUCAAAAUGCCGAUAAAUUCUCAGCAGCGUCUCGCGUUUAGACCGGCCAGUGCGGUAGCAGCGAAACCGGACGGUUUAGGAAAAAGUUCAACAAUCGCUUCUACUAAAUCGGUUCAACAACUCGUCGCUCACGGAUCGGACGUGAAAAAGGAACUUCUCGGAUUCGAUAUGGAUUACUUCAGAAAUCAAUCGUUGAGGGGCGAAAUUGAGAGGCAAAUCAAAGUCAAGAACGAGAACAAGCGGAAGAGAAUGAGAGCCAAGAGAAGCUUGGAAGCGGACAUCCUAUUUUGAUAAUGACACCAGCAGUGUUGAAGUUUGGCAUAAGCUUUAAAUUCCGACAUAAUGAAACGAAUAAAAGGCUCGUUAAUCGAUGGCUUCCGUUCAUUGAUGAGGGUUGAGCUUAAGAUGCGUGACAGUCGCUCGAAAAACUAUACCGUCCUUUCUAACAAUCAAUCAGACGAUUGCAUCGGUGGUGACGACGGUGAAAUAAUAAACAAAAAUGGGAAUAAAGAUGACUGGUAUUCUUUCGAUAUUGUUAAAGAAGUCCCUGAGGCGUUUGAGUGUCCCAGCGGUAGGCUUCAGGAUCGAAGACGCGAUAAUCUUUAUUAUAGGUAUCACGGGCACAGCUAUUACGACUUACAUGUGUACCUAAUAAGGAAAAUGAUCUUCUCCGAUACUGACGUCACCAAUAAAGAUCGUCAAUAGUAUUCGCAAACAUUAUAAAUCGCGUCCCAUUUUUUGCAAAAAAUAAAAACAUUCACAUACUUCGG